UCUCUCUUCGCCACACCUGCUGCUGCCGCCGCGUCGCGAUGAGUCGCGUGGUCUGGCUGCUGCUGGGCGCUGCGCUGCUCUGCGGCCACCGAGCCGCCUGUCGCCGGGUGGUCAGCGGCCAAAAGGUUUGCUUUGCUGACUUCAAACAUCCCUGCUAUAAAAUGGCCUACUUCCAUGAACUGUCCAGCCGAGUGAGCUUCCUGGAGGCCCGACUGGCUUGUGAGAGCGAGGGGGGCGCCCUUCUCAGCCUUGAGAACGAAGCAGAACAGAAAUUGAUAGAAAACAUGUUGCAAAACUUGACAAAACCAGGAACAGGAAUUUCCGAUGGUGAUUUCUGGAUAGGGCUUUGGAGGAAUGGAGAGGGGCAAGCAUCUGGUCCCUGCCCAGAUCUCUACCAGUGGUCUGAUGGAAGUGUUUCCCAGUACCGAAACUGGUAUACUGACGAACCUUCCUGUGGAAGUGAAAAGUGUGUUGUAAUGUAUCACCAGCCAACAGCUAAUCCUGGUCUUGGGGGUCCCUAUCUUUACCAGUGGAAUGAUGACAGGUGCAACAUGAAGCACAAUUACAUCUGCAAGUAUGAACCAGAGAUUAAUCCAACUGCUCCUGUAGAAAAGACAUAUUUUACAAAUCAACCUGGAGAUACCCAUCAGAAUGUGGUCGUCACUGAAGCAGGCAUAAUUCCCAACCUAAUUUAUGUUGUUAUUCCUACAAUUCCACUGCUUUUACUGAUACUAGUUGCUUUUGGAACCUGCUGUUUUCAGAUGCUUCAUAAAAGGAAAGCAAGGAGAAACUUCAUCAAAGAUUCAACUCCAUUAUCAUCUGAAUGCCUUGCAGAAAGUUUAAAUUCCAAUCUGUAAAGGAAGAACAAAAACUAGCCCAAACCAGUCCACACUUUGGAUUUCAAAAAGCACCAGAAAAGAAAGUGGUAUGGAAGUAUAAUAAUUCAUAAACUUGACUUCAGAAAGUAAAUUAAAGAUUUAUAAUUCUGGAUAAGUAUAAGGUAUGUCAUCAGAACAUUAGCUUGGAAUGGCUUGAAAUCUCAAAGGAUCUGCAAGAUGAACUGUAAGCUCCCCCUUGAGGCAAAUGCUAAAAUAAUUUUUAUAUGUCUAUUGUUUCAUUUAUAAAGUAUGCUGUGCUAAUAAUGGAGUGAAACAUGCUUAUUUUGCUGAAGGAUGUACCUGAAAUUCAAGUUAAUGGAAUGGAUCAUGCAGAUAAAAUUGCUAUCAAUGCCUCAGAAAUAUGUGUGCUAGAAGUAAAUAUUUUGGUUUCUUUUAUCUUUCUUAGGUUAUAAUCAAGCUAAUGUACUGUAAAUUGUAUUGAAAUUUUCAGUGUUCAAAAUGUUUUAUCUUUACAUAAGUGUUUGAUAAAAAUGAACAGUUCUUAUAUUUAUUUUUAUGGUGUUUAAUUUUUCAAUACAUGCUGUUUUGACUAAAUAAAUUUCUCACUAUUGUCAACUUAAAUCACACAAACACAAAUAUAUUACCUUAGAACAAGUUUCUUUCCUAGAAAUGACUCAUCCUUUUUCAGUUUGUCUCCUUUUGGUCAGAUUAUGUUUAAGAAAUAAGCUAUUUCAUUAACUGUGGUAUAAGUCUGCUAAAAUAUUUUACAUAAAGGCAAGGAUUGUCUAAUUUCAAUUGUGCAAGACAUGUGCCUUACAAUUAUUUUUAGUUUAAAAUUAAACCAAUUUUGUAGUAACUUUAAUAAGAACUAUUUAAACAAUAAUACACUCAAUUGAGAACAAAAGAAGUGGCAUAUAAAGUAUAAUUCGUAUGUCUUCACAUGUUGCCUGUUUAACCACAAGUAAUCCCCUGAAGGUUCUGGAAUCAGUUUACCCCUCUCUUGACCACAAAACAAAGAGACGUACUUUGGGGGUCAACGUUGUCACUAGAGGUAGAUAGCUUCAAAAUAUUCCUAAGAUUUUCCUGUAACUCUGUUUAGCCUCCUUUGGCAUAUAAAAGGGUCUUGGAGCUGGGACAAUAUUCAUGGUCACUGAUGGGCGAGGUAAGCACAGCUCACUGACAUUUCAGCAAGGAAGAAAACUCAAGUAAUGAAUUAGCAUGAAAACGGAUGGAAGAUAUCAAUGGUAACGUUCAUUGUUGAGGAUUUGACUGAGAGACUAAAGCAAGUCUCCUUCAAGUCUCAUCCUCAUUUCUUCAAUGUUUGUGGCACCUUCUUCUUAAGAGAAAGUUGUA